ACAACUUUCCGGUUUCGGAAAAUAAAAAAAAAUCAUAAUGGUAGCUUUUUGGAAGGUAAACACGAAAAACGGUGAAUUUUACAUAACUAUGAAAAUCUCAAAAAAAGAGUUAAACUUGUCAACAACUAUAUAAAACCUAUACAAAUAUCGACAAAGGAAAGAUUGAACUUGGUAUUUCAAUAAAAAAACACUAAGAAAUAUUAUUUUUGUGCGUUUUUGAAGGAAAAAUCUUGAUUGUAAAAAUUAUGUUUACAUGUGAUAUUUAUCCAUUUUUUUAUUUUCUCACUCAUAUAAAUCUUGUUCUACUUAAUUAUAACGUGAAAGGAACUAAUGGUGCUUUAGCCCAUAUAAUUUUUUUUUGUUAAAGACCAAUGCAAGUAUCAAAAAUCUCUCUUACUUUACACUGGCGUAUCAAUGAUUUUUAACCUUUGCGGCUGUCGCUUUUCAAAACAAAAUAAGAUUUCGAUUGCGCAUUUUACAUAACCAAAAUUAUGCCGAAGAGCGAAAUGAAAAUUUUCAAAACAAACUUCACGUGUGACUCUUUUGAGAAUUCACGUGUUAGCUAUAAACACUUGCGAUAUGACUGAUGAUAUAAAUUUGGAUAUGUCCCUAGAUAAAUUUAAACUGUGGAGUACAAACGCCUUAAAAUCUUUUCUACAUGUAAGAAACAAAAUCACUGAUGGAUCCUUUGAAGAACUAACUGCCAGAGCUUAUGCAGCUUGGUGUGAUAACAUUGAUGUUGACCCUGAACUUGAACAGAGAGAGAGAGACGUUUUGGAGGAGUAUCGUAGUAAACUGACGUUGAAAGAUACCGUAUUUGACGACCCCCUUGUUUUAAAAGACGGGUGGAUUGGAGAGCACAGUAAAAGUGGCAUUAACUCGUGGCCUUCGUUAAAUUAUCUUGACAUAGCAAACUACAUCGGCUUGAAACAGCCUGAUUUUCUAAGGAGUAUGCAAAGUGAUUACAAGCAAGGCAAAUCGUUCACAUAUUUCGCAUGUCAGUUUGUUCGUGAGAUAUUUAUAAAUACAAUAAGCGAAGACUCAAAAUAUUGUAUGUUGAAAUGUCGCGUAGUUCCUUUGCAAAGAGUCAACAACAAACCCUACUUUGUUUGGGCAAUAAUUGUAAAAGAUACUCCAAGUCGACCUGGUGGACAAAUCAUAAGUGCUUAUUGCUCGUGUACCGCUGGGCUUUAUGGUGCAUGCAAUCAUAUAACAGCUAUGUGUUUCCGCAUUGAAUACGCAGUAAGAGCGGGCAUGACUAAUCCUAGCAAGACCAGUACAUUAUGUACAUGGAACGUCCCUUCAGGAACGAAAGUAAAUACAAAAGCUGAAGAGAUUAGUGAAAUACAUUUCGAUAAACCACACUACAUGAAAGAUCACGAGGCUAGUCAAAAAAUUAAUGAAGCUAAAGCAAAGUUUAAGUUAUUUUCACCAUCUGAUCCCAGUCGUCUAAAAAAGCUUCAAAAUAAAGAUAACAUCAGAACAGAACUAUUCGCAGUUAUUAAAGACGACAUCAAGGGCAGUACCUUGUGGGAAUGUAUGGAAGGCAUUAGCAUAUCUAGAGAGGCAGAGAAAAUGAACUCAAACAAAACAACUUUGUUAACUUUACCCGCCGAAGCAGAAACGUUUUUAGAAAAUAGGAAAAUAGACAGCGACCAAAAUAUUACUUCAUUCAAAAAAAGCCUUGUUUAUACUGAUGAACAUAUUAGAUAUCUCAAUGAGGCAACAAAAAAUCAAAAUCAAAGUUCAGAAUGGCACAGUCAUAGAAAGGGUCGAAUCACUGCAUCGAAUUUCCACAGAGUAUUUACAAAAACUACCACACUUCAAUCAACAAAAAAAACAGUUUCCGCUGAUGCUUUAAUUUCGGACCUCAUGGGGUAUAAAGACAAUCCUACAACACAUGCAUUAAAACAUGGAACAUCUUUAGAGCCACAUGCAAAAAGAAAAUAUCAACUUUUAAAUAAAAAAAACAUAAAAAAUUUAAAACACAAGACUCUGGUCUUGUUGUAUUGA